ACAUCCGCUCUUAUUUUCCGCCAUCUUCCACUUCGGCUGUGCACCCAUUGUUCAUACAAGCUGAUCACGGCUGGUUUCCACAGUCAGCGACUGAGGGCGCGACAUACGAAAACAUGAUGAUGAUGAUGGACGACGAACAGCCCAAAACCCUGUAUGUAGGGAACCUGUCUAGGGAUGUCACUGAGCCCCUCAUCCUACAGGUUUUCACACAGAUCGGCCCCUGCAAGAGCUGUAAAAUGAUUUUUGAUACUGCAGGCAAUGAUCCAUACUGCUUUGUGGAGUUCUAUGAACACAGGCAUGCUGCUGCUUCGCUGUCUGCCAUGAAUGGACGUAAAAUUAUGGGUAAGGAGGUUAAAGUCAACUGGGCCACAACACCAAGCAGUCAGAAGAAAGACACAAGCAAUCAUUUCCAUGUCUUUGUUGGAGAUCUCAGCCCCGAAAUCACAACAGAUGAUGUCAAAGCUGCCUUUGGCCCAUUUGGGAGGAUAUCGGAUGCUCGUGUGGUCAAAGAUAUUGCCACAGGGAAAUCUAAAGGCUAUGGUUUUGUCUCUUUCUUCAACAAGUGGGAUGCAGAGAAUGCCAUUCAGCAGAUGGGUGGCCAAUGGCUAGGUGGCAGACAGAUCAGGACCAACUGGGCCACUAGAAAACCCCCAGCCCCUAAAACCACCUAUGAAACCAACACCAAGCACCUGGCCUUUGAUGAGGUAGUGAACCAGUCAAGCCCCAGUAACUGCACUGUUUACUGUGGGGGAGUCAGCACUGGUCUAACAGAACAAUUGAUGAGACAGACCUUCACCCCCUUUGGACAAAUCAUGGAAAUCCGUGUGUUCCCAGACAAAGGAUAUUCCUUUGUGAGGUUUAACUCUCACGAGGGAGCAGCCCAUGCAAUUGUGUCUGUGAAUGGUACUUCGAUAGAGGGACAUAUGGUGAAGUGUUACUGGGGUAAAGAGACCCCGGACAUGAUUAGCUCUAUGCAGCAGGUUCAGCAAGUUCCCCAGCAGAACAAAGUGGGCUUUGCAGCCCAGCCCUAUGGCCAGUAUGCCCAGUGGUACGGCAAUGCCCAGCAGAUUGGCCAGUAUGUCCCCAAUGGGUGGCAGGUACCCACCUAUGGCGUUUACGGCCAGGCCCAGGCCUGGAACCAGCAGGGUUUUCAUCACUUACUGGCCAGUGCUGGGUGGACAGGUGUGAGUGCCCUCGGUAAUGGUGGGGUUAUGGAAGUUACACAGGGAUUGAAUGGGAGUAUGCUAGCAAACCAGGCCAGUAUGGGAGCCACAGGAUACCCCACACACUGAUGAUUGGGGGGGGUGUAGUCAACUUCUUACUGGCUACUGGAGCACCACAGAGAUCUGUGUUAUAUCCCUGCCUCUCGUGGCAGACUAAGACUUGUUGGUACAUGGAAUUUGAAGGGGACUUGACCUCUGCUUAGGCUCAUGAAACUGAUUUCAUAGGAGGUUAAGGGGAGCCAUGGAGGACUGGAAUAAACCACACGUAUUAUGCUGCCCUUGUUAGACGGACUGUACAUGGCCAGUGCUGUACCAUUUUAAAUUAAUAUCACUUAAGGGGAGACUUUAGGAUUUGCGCCAUUGUUGGUAUGUUUACAGUGUCUCAAACCCAUUUUCUAAGGACUUCAAGUCAAAAUAAAUUGCUUUUGAUUUAAGGUUAAUAAUCCAUUUAGAGUUUGAUGCAAUGAAUCAUGUCAAAAGUAAUGGAUCCUUCACUUUUUUUUUGGUUUGAAGUAAUAAAAUGGGUGACUAUUUUUUUUUUCUUGCAUUUUGUUUUCAAUUCAGCCAAUUGCAGGGAUAGAUGCCACUGCUUUCUUUCUGUAGGGGCAGACAAAUAUUGCACAGUAUUCUCUUGUUUUUACAAAUUUGAUUUCCAAGAGGUUUCUUUUUGCAUUCCACCUUUCCCCUUUUAUAUAUUUUGGAUGGCCUCAACAUUUGCUUAAUGUGUAAAUAACCAUACCUUGAUUUCAAGCUGUUUGAAGGAAAAUCCAAAUGUUCACUAAGGGAGCUUGUUUGCUUUCUUUGUUUCGAUAACUGAAGAAAUUAAACAUUAUUAGUAGCAGCAUUAUCAAAUGCAUAUCCAUGGUAACUGGCAUAGUGAUACAUGUACAUCCAGGAAGGGAAAAGACAGCAUUGCUAUGCAGUGCAAAAAUGAACACAAUUUUUACUUUGAAUAGUAAUUCUGUGCAUAAAUUGAGUUUUCUGCCAUUUUCUAUGAAGUAAGAUCAGUAUUUUUUUAUGGAAAAACCUGAAUGAAUCUGAAAUGUGCGCUGUUGCCCCUUGAACAUGUUUUAAUACCAGAGGGACCAGACCCAUUGUGUUGCCUUAGAGUUGAUUGCUUUUAAUGGACACAAUAUCAUUAAAGAUUAGGCAGUGCCUACAGACAUUUUCAAAACUUUUGUUUUGAAAAGUGUUUUACUCUGGGGUUUGAUAAUGUUUCUGCUACUGUAAUAACCAAUGUGUUCUUGCUUUGUCCAAUUAAAUUGCUGAUGUGCAAAAACAA